AUGAUUCUUUUGCUCAACUACUUCAAGGUUCGCCUGCCGGAUACAUACAGGUAUUACAUCAACAGUAAGAAACCCACCUGGUCUGACGUUGUUGAGACUAUCUACACCCUCGCUCAAGCUGGAGAGCAUAAGACAGGCCUUGCCUUACACCGCAAGACUGUGCCAACAACCCUGACCACCUCUUCUAGCACCAGUUUCGUGAAAAACGAGGACCGCGAGGUUUUCUCCUCUUGCAAGAAGGACCACAUUGCGGCAAACUGUUCGACUGCCGUCCACCCGGAGCUUCUUCCGCAUGACAACCCUUCCGCGACAGCUCCUGAGCGGCGCCUGCCCGCCAAGCGUAACCCUUUGAUGGUCGAAGAUGGGCCAUCACAUAAUGAACUCGUCUCGCGUCGCAGUGGUGUUUUCGAAUACGUCCAUCUCCACGCGCCCAUGCCAAAGGGUAUCUUCUUCGGCAUCUUCAAGUCCAGCCCCGACCACUACUUCCUCUUACGCCGGAUCCCCGACGACUUUGUGUCCGCCUGCGGCAUGUUCAAGGCCACUUUCCCCUACGCUGAGGCCUCCGAAGAAGAGGUCGAACGCAAGUACAUCAAGUCGUUUGCCACCACCUGUCCCGAGGAGACGGCCGGCAACGUUUGGGUCCCCCCCGAACACGCCUUGACUCUUGCCAAGGAGUACGGCAUUUCGCCGUGGGUUCGCGCCCUACUGAAUCCCGCCAAGGUUGACGUCUACUGA